AUGUUGCCUCCAAAGAACUCUCCUCUGAAGACUUUUGCUCUGAUCGAGGAGUGGAGGUGGCAUGCUUCAACGGCCUCCCUUCAACGCUUCAUCGCAGCACACGUCGGCGGCCGCACACUUCAACGCCCACACGCUUCGCCGACGCCACUUUGGUGGCCGCACGUUUCGACGACGCCUCUUCGGUGGCCGCACGCUUCGACGACUCCACGCUUCGACUCCUCCUCCACGCUUCGACUCCUCCUCUACGCAUCGACUCCUCCUCCACGCAUCGACUCCUCCUCCACGCAUCGACUCCUCCUCCACGCAUCGACUCCUCCUCCACGCAUCGACUCCUCCUCCACGCAUCGACUCCUCCUCCACGCAUCGACUCCUCCUCCACGCAUCGACUCCGGCGCACGCAUCGACUCCGGCGCACGCAUCGACUCCGGCGCACGCAUCGCCCCCGGCGCACGCAUCGACGACGGCGCACGCAUCGACGACGGCGCACGCAUCGACGACGGCGCACGCAUUGACGACGGCGCACGCAUCGACGACGGCGCACGCAUCGACGACGGCGCACGCAUCGACGACGGCGCACGCAUCGACGACGGCGCGCGCAUCGACGACGGCGCGCGCAUCGACGACGGCGCGCGCAUCGACGACGGCGCGCGCAUCGACGACGGCGCACGCAUCGACGACGGCGCACGCAUCGACGACGGCGCACGCAUCAACGAAGGCGCACGCAUCAACGAAGGCGCUCGCUUGGGCGGCGCACGCCUUGACGCCUCAACAACGCCGCACGCUACGCCGCAGCACGCUUUGACGCAGCACGCUUCAACGAUGGCGCACGCUUUGACGCAGCACGCUUUGACGCAGCACGCAUCAACGAUGGCGCACGCAUCAACAACGCAGCUCGCUUGCACUCAUUGGCUUUUGGUGUGCAGCACUGCCCGCCACGGUUUGUGUGCACUCUGA